AUGGGGCCGCGGGCGCUGCCGCUGCUGGAGCCGGGGCGCCGCCCGCAGCCGGCCAAGUGGUACCGGCUGUCGCCGCGCGGUGACCGGCCCCGCGGGCGCGUAGGCCACGGCUGCCUCUUCUUGCCGGGCGGCGGGCCCGGGCGCGUCCUCCUCCUGGGUGGCGCCGACCCCGCCGGCGCCUUCGCGGAUGCCCACUUCGUGGAGCUGGGCUCGCACCGCUGGGCCGCGGCCGGCUGGAGCGGGCUGCGGCCGCGCUACGAGCACGCCACCUUCCUGCCCGCCGCCGUCCCCCCGCGCCUCUGGGUCUUCGGCGGCGCCCACCCGGCGGGCAACCGGAGCUGCGUCCAGGUGCUGGACCCGGAAAUAGGAACCUGGGAGACUCCUGAAGUGAGUGGUGCACAGCCACUGCCGAGGACGUUUCACACCUCCUCAGCAGCUAUAGGAGACUGUCUCUAUGUGUUUGGAGGGGGAGAUAAAGGAGCAGAACCCGUUACAGACCAGCGGCUUCACGUGUUUGACACAGCCACCUUGACCUGGUCCCAGCCAGAUACUCACGGUGAUCCCCCCUCUCCUCGGCAUGGACACGUUGUGGUUGCAAUCGGGACCAAACUCUUCAUCCAUGGAGGUUUAGCUGGAGAUAUUUUUUACAAUGAUCUGUUCUGCAUUGAUAUAAAUGACAUGAGAUGGGUUAAGAUACCAGCCACCGGUGACAUCCCGGGAGGACGGGCAUCCCACUCAUCAGCUGUGUUCAAAGACCACUUGUACAUUUUUGGUGGAAUAGGUCCAGAGGGGACACUAGAUACUACAUACAAGUAUCACACAGAGAAGCAGCAGUGGAUGCUCCUACAGUUUGAUUCCCCUCUGCCUGCGGGAAGGCUGGACCAUGCCAUGUGCGUUGUUCCCUGGCAGGCUGGAAAGAGCAGAGACACAGGAGCUGUCAUGGGGGAAGACAAAGCUGGGAAAGAGUUGACUGUGUCAGCAGGUGACAAAGCUGACCCUCUCCAGAAGAGCUCCGAGGAUGAGGGGUGCGCUGAAGACACAGUUGUGCAUCUACUGUUAAUAUUUGGUGGGAUGGACACACAGGGGCAAAUAUACAGGGACUGUGUUGUCAGUCUUAUUGAAUAGCAUGGCUGUGGUCCUGCACAGUGCCAUAGUACUGUUGGAUUAAUCCAAUUUCUUUCCAAUAAAGAAGUUCUUACUCAAAUGCA